AUGUCGACCGUGGCCUUAGUAGGUACCACGUUGGCACAGUCAACCUCCGACGCCGAAACAUAUCUGGACCUAACAUUCAGCACGCCGGGCACACGGGACUGUGGGCGCGGCACAACAGGGGAGGGCAAUGCGGUAACAUUUCACGUUACGCAUGCUCCCAUUGCUCAAACCUGCAUCAACCUGAAUACGACGUUCUCCCAAGGCGGAAACAACACGGACGGCUACACGACCGGAGGCUACAACUGUGUAGGCAAUACAACCUGUGGACUCAAUUAUACCUUGACCGGGGCCAGCGGUUAUGUUGGCAACGCCAAUUAUUCGCAGAUCUCCUACGCGCAACAAAAUCACAGCGCGGCAGAUGGCGGGUCUAAUAAAGCUGGAAAAUUGUUCUUCCAGACGUAUGAUGGACCGGGAUGUGUGCAGGCUAUGCAUGACGAUGGACGGCUGAGGCCUUGGAUAAGAUGGAAUUGUAAUAAGCCGCAGGGGCAGUGUUCAACUUUGCCUUAUGGGGUUGUGAGCUUUGCCAUUGGGCCCACGAAGCAGAUGGAUCAAGAGGGAACAUGCCUGGUCGCUGCGCAGUAUGCCAGUGGAGGGGUGGUCGCUGCUAGGACCGCCAGCAGCUUCGCUGCGUUGGUGGUUGCAAUCUUCUGUGGGCUGGUACUUGGCACCUGA